AUAGCGCUAUAAAGUAACUUUUAACGGAUUUCUGAUAAGACCAAUUUGUGAUCACAAAAUGACAAAAUAAUGUCUCGUUGUGUAACCAUUCAAUCUAAAGCCAUGAUGUACUCCAAUACCAGUAAUGAUGAACUCGAACCUCGUUCGGCGCCUAAACCCACUCAGUUUCAAGAAUUAUCAGCCAAACCUGAGGUUCCAGAAUUAUCAGUCGUAUUCGAUUCGUCAGAAAAUAUUUCAAAACCAUUAAAUAGGAACCCAUCAUAUUAUGCAAACAGUCAAAAGUCUCAUGAAACGUAUAAUGAAUGGAAAAAUCGUCAAAAUCGCUCACCUCCAGUACAUAAAGAAACUCAUUAUUACGAAUCACGCGAUAAGCAAUAUUAUGGGUCUUCGUCAUACAGCGAUUGUGAUCAAAACCCUUAUAGUCGCUUUUCUGACAAAAUUUCUUACAAAGCUGGAAGCGAUUAUCACAAAUGUGCCUGUCAAAAUACACCUACUGUCAAGGAUAUUUAUAGCAUGAUGCAAUUACAAAAUGAUCAAAUGAAACUUCUUUUAGAAACCAUACAAAAAUUGUUAGUCACAGUAUUAUCUAAUCAGCAAAAUCAACAUAAAUGUUAUUGCUGUGAUAAUGGUCAUUGUAAAAUAGAAAAUGACUCUAAAACCACAGAAGUGUUUAAAAAUGAUGUGACUCAGAAAGAAUGUACUUCACAACAUACUAGCAAUGAAAAUACAGAAAAGCCACAGGCCUAUUUAAAAAAAACUGAAACUAUAAAAAAAAAAAAUGAAUCAAAUAAAAAUUUAAAAUGCUCUGGUAAACCAGAGGUCACAUCCAUUACAAAAGAAAAACCAAAAAAUCCAGUAAAUACUGGAAGCGAUAAUAGUAAUGAUGAGAAGGAAAAUAAUAAAGAAAAGGAAAGGACAUAUUCCAUUAUAAGUGAUGAAUCGUUUGAUUUAAAUGCUAAUGAUGUUCAAGUCAUUGAAGAUCCAAUAUCUCCAGAACAAUCAAUCCACAUAGAUAUGAAAUCAUCGUCUGAAGAUAGUGAAAAUAUUAACUUGAAUAAACAUUUUGUACCAACAACACAGCCUACCAUGCCUACCAAAUCUCCAAAUAACUAUUCUAUUUCAACUUUACAUUAUAUGGAACGAUAUCAUUUGAUUGCACCUGAAAACACCUAUACUUCAGAAAACCCCCAUCAAACAUUUCCGACAGAAGGAUUACUGAACAAAAAGAAAAAAUCAUUGCGUAAGAAUAAAACUCCUUCAAAAAUACUAAAUAUCACUGAACUAAAACAACAACCCAAACUAUCAUAAUUGUGAUUUUUUUUAAAUUAAUUUUAUUGUUCUAUAAGUAAUAUAUUCGUGUUUUUAAGUUAAAAUAAAUCA